AAAAAGAAUGACUGAAGUGUUCUGGCCGGCGUUGGGCUCGUUGGCCGCGUCGGCGGUCGCGUGGAAAUGCGUGCGGAGUAGCGUGAAUUGUUGGUUUUGCCACGGGGACGCCGUGACGUGGCGUUGGCGGGCCAAUUCCUGGUUCUGUCCCAGCUGCUGCCAGUACAACGGAUUCACCAAAGACGGCGGCUACAACCAGCCGGUGCCGGGACAGGCGGCGCAGGAGGCGGAUGUUUCGGUGGACUUCGGGCUCCCGUCUCAAGACCUGGGCAUGGGGAAUGUCUUGUGUCUUCACUGCAAUUUCAAACAGGGGCUGAAAAUCGACGCUUUGCGCAAUUUCACUCCGUCCAGCGAGCUUGCUUAUGACGAAGAAUUGUCAAGAUUCAAGGCUUCGUUGGAAGAAGUCUUCCCGCUUUGUCCGCAGUGUUCUUUGAGGGUCAAUGAUUUGCUUCGUCGAUUGGACUCGAAAUUUAGCAAGGAUUUAAUCCAAACGCGUUGGCAACGAGCGAAUCGCCCUCCGCAUAUUUCCAAUCCGCAGAAACCCUCUGCCAGAAGUCGUCUGAAAGCCGCAUUCAGAGACAAGCUCACCGUCUCUCAACGCCUUCUCCGCGUUUUGCACGCUGUGACUCUACAAGUGUUCAUCGUCUUUUUACCCAGUCUUGAACCCGUUUUGCUCAAUUCGCUGCGUAACUGGGUUCCAAGGGAUGUUUCCGACCCUCUGACACACAAGUGCCCAAAUGACCCGCUAACCAAUGGCCUCGUAAGCCCGCACGUUCAGCCUUGCACAAACGACAACCGCCAAUUGCCCAUUUGGGCGGCCGAGUGGCUGGCGCCUUUCGUCGUCCUCGCCAGUCUGUUUGAAGGACGGCAUCUGAAAACUUUGUUGACGAAACCUCGCAUUGAAGAAGAAGUUAUGCUCAGUCGUGAGACACCAUGCGUAAGAAAUGUGGAAGACGCGUGUGGACCCAAGGACCAGGUUUUUGUGAGCAGGAGUAAAGUGACUAUGAUGGAUGACGUUGAGAUGAUGGACACUAGUGAAGACGUGUUGUUGCCGGCAGUGAGGGAGCUGAAGAUCGGCGAUCGAUUCGACGCACUGAAUAUCGGGGAUUUCGUGAAACGAAACGGGAAUGUUUUUGAACGAUUUCAGCCGAAUGGUUUGCCGGAAAACGUCACGCAAUUUAAGGAAAAUCGCGGUGAACCAGAGUUGCCGAGACCGCAACGACACGGACUUCCCGUCGUCCGCUUCCGACAUCCANGGGAUGUUUCCGACCCUCUGAAUGUGUUCACGGGUUUACUGGGCGAUUGGUUACCCAUCAACAACGUGGCUGCAUUAAUAUUCGCAGCCUUGAUUUUGCGGUCGGAGCAUUCGGGCGUGCAAGUCGGAACGUGUUUGCUGUUGGCGGUUUUGCCCAUUUGGGCGGCCGAGUGGCUGGCGCCUUUCGUCGUCCUCGCCAGUCUGUUUGAAGGACGGCAUCUGAAAACUUUGUUGACGAAACCUCGCAUUGAAGAAGAAGUUAUGCUCAGUCGUGAGACACCAUGCGUAAGAAAUGUGGAAGACGCGUGUGGACCCAAGGACCAGGUUUUUGUGAGCAGGAGUAAAGUGACUAUGAUGGAUGACGUUGAGAUGAUGGACACUAGUGAAGACGUGUUGUUGCCGGCAGUGAGGGAGCUGAAGAUCGGCGAUCGAUUCGACGCACUGAAUAUCGGGGAUUUCGUGAAACGAAACGGGAAUGUUUUUGAACGAUUUCAGCCGAAUGUUUUGCCGGAAAACGUCGAAAAUCGCGGUGAACCAGAGUUGCCGAGACCGCAAGUGAUUCGACGCCUCGUCCCACGUCCGUCGUCCAUUUGCAGCGACACGGACUUCCCGUCGUCCGCUUCCGACAUCCACGGCUUCAACUCUAGUCGCGGCGACGACGACGAACGUACCGUUAGUGACGUGGAUGACACGUUUUCCCUGUUGGAUGCUCCGAGGAAAAGCAGCGGCUGGGUGUCCUUCGUGCUUGGAUCAGUGGCCAUCACGAGCAUGAUGAUUAGUUUGUUCCUCAUUUUGUUCCUCGUGUCAGCCGAUCGCGCGAUUGAGCUCGGGAAAUGGCUGAAGGAAUCGAGGAAGUUUUGA